AUGAACGAUGCGACCACUUCCCUGCUCACCGAGCAUUUCAGUUAUACUCCAUUGUCGCUGAUUGACGACAUUAUCAACUCGAUCAACAACCUGAUCUACCAGGCAAUCUCCAGCUUGGAGUCUGGUCUGAUUGCCACUCCGCCAGAGCGCCUGGGGUUUUCGCACGCCACCAAUGGCCCCACCAUCGCGGACACCGACGACGAUGGCAACAUUGUUUACCCGGAAGCAAAACUUGAGCUGGAGAAUGGAUUGUACCAGUUAGAGACGCUUCUUGAGACUAAUGUUGAUAAGGCAUUCGACAAGUUUGAAAUCUACGUCCUUAGAAAUAUCCUUACUGUACCGGCUGACUUGCUUCCCUAUGUGCGACUGAAGCAUUAUGAGGGUCUUUCUUUUAAUCCUUCUCCUGAUACACCCACGCCAGAGACGAUCGCUGCCCAACGCAAGAAGUUGCUCGAGACAAGAAAGCUCAAUCGAUCUUUGAAAGAAGAAUGCGCGCGCAAUGCAGCUGUGAUCGCGCAAUUGAAUGCCAUUGUGUCGACAGUCAAAACCGCUAAGAAUGGCGAGUCGACCGGAGAAUCGAAAACACAACCCCCGCUGGAUCUGUCUUUCUUAACGUCAAGCGGCGCUGCACAACAUCUUCGUGUUGGGGUGGACACCGGCUCAAACACUCAGCACACGCCUCUGACAACACAUACCACUUUCAUUCUUUCGCAACUUCCAGCUCUGCAGGCAACGCUCGAGAACCUCCGACCAAGAUUGGCCUCUUUACCUGCCUCAAUGAAGGAGAUUCAGACAAAGACCAAGCGCGACGAGCGGAAAGAAUACAUUGAAGGCCGAAUUAGGCUACACUUAGAACGAGCUGGACAGCUUGCUAUGGGCGAUGAUGGAAAUCCAGUCGUUGCUGGCCGCCGGAUUGAUAUAUCCGAAGCUCAUGCGCUGGAAAGUGUGGCCAACAUGAUUACGCAGAGCAAGUCUGCGUAG